CGGAAAGUACAGUGAAUAGAAGAGAAGAGAAGAGAGGGUGACCGAUCGAUGAGUUGGUUUGUGAAAAGUGAUGGCCAUGGAUCAUCAAGACGAGGGCAAAUAGUGAGCUUGGAGAUGGAGGAGCAGAGAGGAGGAGGAGGAGAACAAGGUAUUUUUCUGACAUGGGAGGAUCUGAAGGUGACAGUGACGACCAAUGGGAAAGACAAGUCUAGGCCAAUCAUUGAAGGUCUCACUGGUUAUGCCAAGCCAGGACAGCUCUUAGCCAUUAUGGGUCCUUCUGGCUGUGGCAAGUCCACCCUCCUUGACGCCUUAGCAGGUAGGUUGUGUACAAGGGCACAGCAAACAGGAGAUAUCCUUAUCAAUGGCCGCAAACAAGGACUGGCUUAUGGAACAUCAGCAUAUCUGACGCAAGAUGAUGCAAUAUUCACAACCUUAACGGUGGGAGAAGCAGUGCACUACUCAGCUCAAUUGCAACUUCCUGAUUCAAUGACCAAGUCGGAGAAGAGGGAGAGAGCAGACUUCACAAUCAGAGAAAUGGGUUUACAAGACGCCAUUAACACAAGGAUUGGAGGUUGUGGAGGUUCUAAAGGAAUCAGUGGAGGCCAAAAGAGAAGGGUUAGCAUCUGUAUUGAGAUUCUCACACGGCCUAGCCUUCUGUUCCUUGAUGAACCAACCAGUGGACUUGACAGUGCAGCUUCUUAUUAUGUUAUGAGCAGAAUUGCAAGCUUGAAUCAGAAAGAUGGAAUUCAAAGGACUAUUAUUGCAGCAAUUCAUCAGCCUAGCAGUGAGGUUUUUGAGCUUUUUCAUAACCUUUGCCUUCUGUCUUCUGGUCAAGCUGUGUACUUUGGCCCUGCUUCUGCUGCAAAGGAGUUUUUUGCAUCAAAUGGUUUUCCUUGCCCUACUCUCAAGAGCCCCUCUGAUCAUUUUGUAAAGACUAUCAACAAUGAUUUUGAUAAGGAGGACCCAGAGCAAGGAUUAUCCGAAGGACUAACCACAGAAGAACCAGUUCAUAUUCUUGUGGAAUCAUACAAGUCAUCUGCAAUCAGUCACCAAGUUCAAGCAGAAGUAGUUACAACAAGAACAAGGAAUUCAAGUGCAGUGCAGAUGAAAAGCCAUGCCUCCUUCUUCAAGCAGUGCAUCAUUCUUACAAGAAGAUCAUUUUGGAAUAUGCAUCGCGAUUUAGGCUACUAUUGGUUGCGUCUAUUUAUCUAUGGUGGAUUGGCUAUAACUCUAGGCACUAUCUUCUACAAUGUUGGCUCAAGCAAAACAACUCAGGUAAGAGGCUCACUGCUCAUGUUUGUGGCCACAUUUCUGAGUUUCAUAACCAUUGCUGGGUUCGCUUCCCUUGUGGAGGACAUGAAGGUGUUUCAAAGAGAAAGACUAAAUGGGCAUUAUGGUGUUGCUGCAUACACAAUUGGACACACAUUAUCUUGCAUUCCAUUCUUGCUACUAAUGUCACUGAUUCCAGGAGCAAUAAUUUAUUACCUAACCGGACUUCAUAGUGGCUAUCAGCAUUUUCUCUACUUUGCUUCUGUGCUUUUCAUCUCAGUAAUGUUGGUUGAGAGCUGCAUGAUGAUUGUUGCAAGCAUGCUUCCAAAUUUCUUGAUGGGGAUGAUCACCGGUGCUGGAAUUCUGGGAUUAAUGAUGUUAACCGGUGGAUUCUAUCGCCUACCUGCGGAACUUCCUAAAUUCUUAUGGAGAUAUCCUUUUUACUACAUUUCAAUUCACAGGUAUGCAUGCCAUGGAUUGUUCAAGAAUGAGUUUGAAGGUCUGACAUUUACUAUCAGUCAAGAGGGGAGGCCUAGGAUCUUUAGUGGGGAAGAAAUGCUGAGAAAUUCAUGGCAGAUCGACGUGGAAAACUCGAAGUGGAUCGAUCUUUUGAUUCUGGUAGGAAUGGCAGUUCUGUACAGAAGUCUGUUCAUGGUUAUAGUCAAGAUCCUUGAGAAGGUGAAGCCUAUAGUUGCAUCCUUCAACUUCAAGUUUGGGAAUUAUUGGAUUCACAAGGCUGUUCUUGUAGAAGGCCAAUCAAGAACACAGUCUCAUUCAAGAUUUGUAGCAGACCAUCAUGGAGUGAACUUGCUUUAUCAUUGUGCAACUGAGCCUGAAGCUCAGAUGAAAACGAUUGAGGAGGGUUUUGUUGUUUGCAAGCCAUUUCUGUUGAAAUGGAUUUCAUCCAGGAUCUUAGUUUUAGUAACCAUAAUUUUGCAACCAAAAGAUGAUACUCCUGUAGCACCAGAUAAUAACUCUAAAGUUGUAGAACUACAAACCAGUCUAGACUUUAUUACUACAUUUGAGAACACGGGGAUCCAGCCAACAGAUAGAAGCAAAGGCACUCAGAGGGAGGAUGAGACGGUUUUCAUGACAUGGGAAGAUUUGUGGGUGACUGUUGGAAGCGGAAAGAAUAAAAAACCAAUAUUGCAGGGUCUGACUGGGUAUGCCAAGCCAGGACAGCUUUUGGCCAUAAUGGGUCCUUCAGGAUGCGGGAAAACCACACUCCUUGAUGCUUUGGCAGGAAGAUUAGAUUCAAACAUGCAGCAAACAGGGAAGAUUCUAAUCAAUGGAAACAGACAGGCACUAGCAUAUGGAACAUCAGCAUAUGUCACCCAAGAUGAUGCUAUGCUGUCAACUUUAACGGCCGGGGAAGCUUUAUAUUACUCAUGCCAGCUCCAACUUCCAGAUUCUAUGUCCAUUGAAGAGAAGAAGGAGAGAGCGGACUCUACACUCAGAGAAAUGGGUCUACAAGAUGCCAUCAACACCAGGAUUGGAGGGUGGACUUCAAGAGGCCUUAGCAGUGGACAAAAGAGAAGACUUAGCAUUUGCAUUGAGACUAUAACACGCCCGAAACUUCUCUUCCUUGAUGAACCAACUAGUGGUCUUGAUAGUGCAGCUUCUUAUUAUGUUAUGAGCAGAAUUGCCAGUCUAAACAUAAGGGAUGGCAUUGAAAGAACAAUUGUAGCAUCUAUCCAUCAGCCUAGCAGUGAAGUUUUUCAACUUUUCCACAAUCUCUGCCUUCUGUCUUCUGGUGAAACAGUAUAUUUUGGCCCUGCAUCUGAGGCAAAUGAGUUCUUCGCUUCAAAUGGUUUUCCUUGCCCAAGCCUCUACAAUCCUUCUGAUCAUUUCUUAAAGAUCAUAAACAAGGAUUUUGAGCAGGAUCCUGAAGAAGGCUUUGGUAAAAGAGUAACCACAGAAGAAGCGAUUAAUAUCCUUGUGGAGUCCUACAAGUCAUUUGAAAUUCGCCAACAAAUUCUGAAGGAAGUGGGAGAAAUAAGCGAAAGUGAUUCUGAUGCAUUUGGGAAAAAGAGAACCCAUGCUGCACUCGUUACUCAGUGCCUUGUUCUUAUAAGAAGAUCUUCCCUGCAUAUGUAUCGUGACAUAAGCAAUUACUGGUUACGUCUUGCUGUGUAUGUUGCAAUAGCUAUAAGUCUGGGUACCAUAUUCUAUAACGUGGGCUCAAGUAUUGAAUCUAUUCAGGCUAGAGGAUCGCUGCUCACAUUUUUUACUUCAGUCCUUACUUUCAUAACCCUUAUCGGUGGAUUCCCUCCAUUUUUAGAGGAAAUGAAGGUAUUUAAACGAGAGAGGUUGAAUGGACACUAUGGUGUUACUGCUUUUCUGAUUGGCAACACAUUAUCUGCUAUUCCAUACAUGCUACUGAUAUCUCUGAUACCUGGAGGAAUAGUUUAUUGCCUUUCUGGCCUGCACAAAGGACUUGAGCAAUUUUUGUACCUGACGUCUGUGUUGUUUGCCACUGUUAUGUCUGUUGAGAGCCUCAUGAUGGUUGUUGGGAGCUUCUUCCCUAAUUUCAUAAUGGGGAUGAUCAUUGUUGGUGGAAUUCAAGGAGUCAUGAUAUUACUUGGUGGUUUCUAUAGAUUGCCAAACGAUCUCCCCAAACCAUUUUGGAGAUACCCUUUAUAUUAUGCUUCAUUCCACAAGUAUGCCUUCCAAGGAUUGUUCAAGAAUGAGUUUGAAGGUUUAACAUUUCCCACUGAUCAUGAUGGAGGCAGCAAAACCACUAGUGGCAGAGAAAUUCUGACAAACACGUGGCAAGUGGAAAUGGGCUACUCUAAGUGGGUUGAUCUGGCAAUCCUGCUUGGAAUGAUUGUUCUAUAUCGGCUUCUGUUCUUGGCCAUCACUAAGACCAAGGAGAAUGCAAAGCCUAUGGUUGCAGCUAUCUGUUGUUCCCCAAGCAAAAUCAUGGUGACCCGAAGAAAUUAGCACAAGAAGACAUCCAAUGUCACAUUUUAAGGUAAAAAAACAAUAGGUUGGUCAGGGGUAGCGCACGUGUUUCUGUUUGAUUCUUCCUAAAUUAUGUAAGAUAUUGUUUGGACAUGUCAAAUUCCUACUGCAAGGGAGCAUACAACCAAGAACUCAUCAAGCAGUCACAAUUUGUAAUUAUUGAUAUGGGCAAAUUAAUUACAAGUCAAGACAAGUGUGUCAAAGAUAUCUGACA